UGAGGGUGGUCCGUCGAAUUUUAGCAGUAGAUACAAACGGAAAAGACUAGUUGUUUCAGUUCGACCAACUAUUGGGACUUAUUUCAACAAAACAUUGUGGAUCUUUUCAAUCAUUUUAGUUGGGUUUUCUGUCCAUUGUUCUAAAAUUUGCUCUGAAUGUGAUCAAGGCAAGUGUUUAAAUGACACAACCUGCGUUUGUCUGGCUGGCUGGAGUGGAGUACUCUGCAAUGAGUGCAAAGGCAGAAUUAGUCUCGCCCCAGGACUUGAAGGGGUUAUACAUGAUGGAUCUGCUAAUUAUUCAAAGGAGACUUCCUGCAGCUGGCUUUUAAUAGCUGAUAAAGAAGGCAUGCAGGUUGAGCUGAUUGUAAAUGAAUUUGCCACAGAAUGUGUUUGGGAUCAUUUAUACAUUCAUAAUGGAGAUUCUGCAUUUGCUCCAGUGGUUGCAGUUUAUAGUGGAAUCCUUUUAGGAAAAAACAAGCCUCAUAUGAAGUUCCAGUUGACUGGAAAAUAUGUCUUCAUUCAUUUUUAUAGUGAUGCAGCAUUGACAUUACCUGGCUUCAACAUUUCAUAUAAAUUCACUGUUCCUUGUGCGUCACCAUGUCCAGAUCAUAGUAUAUGUGUCAAUAAUACUUGCUCAUGCAUCCAAGGCUGGGUUGGCCCGCAAUGUGAAAAUAUCAAAGUAGAGUGUCCUAACAACUGCUCUAAUCAUGGCUCUUGUCUGAAUGAAACUUGUGUCUGCCAACCAGGCUUUAAAGGUAAAUAUUGUGAAAGAAACAAUAGUGAUCUCAAUGUUGAGUUGAUCAACAGUGAGCACAAAAAUUUGACUGGCAGAGCUUCUGUGGCAUUUGUUACUGAUGACAAAAACAAUCUGUGGGUGUUUGGUGGAUACAAAUUUGGAGAUGAUAAUCUUGAUAACAACAUCUUUAGGUUUAAUACUAAUAACAAUCAAUGGACUUUAAUUCCUGAUACAAAACCUUACCCAUGGCCAAGAUAUGGUCAUUCAACGGUCUUCUACAAGAAUGCCUUUUAUUUGUAUGGAGGCUCCCAUGGUAUUGAGAUAACAAGAGACUUUUGGAGGUUUGAUAUAACUAACAACACCUGGGAGCCUUUGUCAUCUGGUCCAAGGAACAUUACAGGACACACCGCCCAUAUUGUUAAUGAUAUUAUGAUCGUUGUUUUUGGAUACAGCAGUGAUUAUGGGUACUCUAAUGAUGUUUUAGAGUACAGUUUUGAGACAGGAAAUUGGACAACUGUCAAAACAGCAGGCAGUCUUGUGCAGGGUGGUUAUGGCCACAUAAGUGUCUAUGAUGAAAAGAGUUCAAAGAUAUAUGUGUAUGGUGGAUAUCACUCCAAUACUGGCAAUGCAAACAAUCAAACAGAUAAGCUUUAUCGAUAUGAUCCAACAGCCAGAGAAUGGUUUAAUUUACAUAACAGUGGCACUCCACGCUACCUCCACUCAGCUGCAAUCAUGAAUGGUCUGAUAAUAACGUUUGGGGGAAACAGGCAUAAUGAUACACGUCAAGGCGUCCAAGCUAAAUGUUUUGCGUCAGAUUUCAUGAUCUAUGAUAUAGAUUGUAAUGUUUGGCACACAGUUCCAGCUGCUAGCUUGGAUGCUGAAUUAGAACAUUUUGAUCGCUUUGGCCAAGCCAUGGUGUCUCUUAACAAUAUCAUAUACAUGUUUGGAGGAUUCAACUCUCUACCCAAGAAAGACUUGUAUAAGAUAUAUGCUGGUACUUGUAGUUUAUUAGACCAGACCAAAUGUGAGAGGGUUAUCCCUGGGAUAAAGUGUAUGUGGCUAAAUGGUAGUUGUACAGAAGAUUUAACACCCAGCUGUACUUCAAAAGAUCCAAAUGAGUCAUGUGCUGGAUACAAUACCUGUCAGUCCUGCAACAAUGCAUCUACUAGUGAUUGUCAGUGGUGUGGGAACUUGUGCCUUGCAAAUAGUUCAAUCAGUUUAAACUGCAGCCAGGACUCUCAAAACUGCACAGGCUAUGAAAGAGAUGUGUGUAGUUUCUUCCACAACUGUAAAUCAUGCCAAGAGAAUGAUAUGUGUAUUUGGAGCUCAAGUGUGUGUGUUCCUUUAAAAGCUACUGAUACAAAACGUGAGUGCACCCAGAAAGCUUGCAGUGAAUACCAUUCAUGUGAUAACUGUACCAAUGUCAACUGUAUGUGGUGCAGCAACCUAGAUCAGUGCAUUGAUACCAAUUCAUAUCUAGUAUCAUUCCACUACGGACAGUGUAUGGACUGGACAACAAAACAGACAUCUUGUCUUGCAAGCAGCUGCUCUCAACAGAAGACUUGCUCAGAGUGUCAGAGCAAUCCCAAGUGUGGCUGGUGUAAUAAUGAAACAGAGACGGGUAUUGGAGUCUGCUUUGAAGGUGGCAUGUCAGGACCCAUUAAAAUCAUAUCAGGAAAAGCCAUACCUGCCAUUGGCAAAUGCCCUGGACAGAAUGGAAAGAAUUGGUAUUUCAACACCUGCCCAGUUUGUCAAUGCAAUGGUCACUCAAAAUGCUACAAUGAAACAAGUAUUUGUAUCAACUGUGAACAUAAUACUGCUGGUUCCCAAUGUGAAUACUGUGCUGAUGGCUUUUAUGGCAAUCCACAAAAUGGAGGCCAGUGUAAACCCUGUUCUUGCAAUGGCCAGGCUGAUAGUUGUAAUAACGUGUCUGGUGAUUGCUUCUGUCGGACGAGGGGUGUAACUGGAAAGUUUUGUGAAAGGUGUGAUGAUAGUAACAAGUACUCUGGGAAUCCUAAAGAUGGAGGAACUUGUUACUACCAAUUAAACACAGAUUAUCAGUACACUUUUAAUCUGUCUAAGAAAGACGACAUAAACUAUACUCAGAUUAAUUUUCUGAAUACUCCACUCUCUAGUGAUAGAGAUGUUGAUUUCACAUUGAACUGUACCACUUUUGCUUAUGUUAAUAUUACAUACAAAACAAAAUUGUCACAAGAAGAGAAGGAAUAUACUAGCUUGAAGCCAUGUCAGUAUAUUCGCACUAAGUUUGAACACAAGAAUCAUGGAUUUGGUGGGAAAGAAAAUACUACUUUUUAUGUGUACGUGUACAAUUUCAAGACACCAUUUACAUUACAGAUUUCAUUCUCGCAGUUUCCAAAAAUAGAUCUAGUUCACUUUUUUGUAACAUUUUUUAGCUGUUUUCUGUCUUUACUUCUCAUCGCUGCUGCAUUAUGGAAGAUCAAACACAAGUAUGAUAGCUACAGAAGAAGACAGCAAAUGAUUGUUGAGAUGCAACAGAUGGCUAGUAGGCCUUUUUCAUCCAUCUCAGUAGAGGUGGAAAGAAAAUCUAAUCCUGCUGUAGUUGAUAAAAAAGAUCAUUUGGACUCAGUUCUAAGAAGGAGGAAAAAAAUGAUAAAUAAACCCUCUGCGAUAUCCAUCGAGCCAUUAGCUGACCAUAAAGCGGCAAUAUUGACUCUGCUUAUCCAGCUUCCAACUGGGGAUGCAGAAUUUGCACCUAGUGGUCAGUCUGGUCUUGCAGUUGGAAGCGCUUUAGUUUCUAUGGGUUCUAACAGAAAACAGAGUCUUGAACAUGCCAAAGGUGAUAAACUGAAAAUGAGAAAAAAUGUAAAUUAUUACCAUCCAGAUACUUGUGCUUAGAUUAUUUUAUUUAAAUAGUGAAUGACUUAUGUGAUGUUAUAUGUUCUAUUGUAAAUAUGCAACUUUAAGUUGAUCUAUUUACCAUUAAAUACAUGAAUCCUUUUUUGUUUGUUGAAAGCAGUUUACCAUUAAUUUAGAUUGCAAAAAAUUAUUUUUUUUUUAUCUUUAUUUAUGUAUUUAUAAUUGUAAAACCAGCACAGUCUAAACAAUUUGACUCAGAAAACCUUGUUUAACAUUUACUGAUUGUAUUUAAAUUCACCGAAAAAAAUGUGUGGCUUCAAAAUUUGUAUCAUGCUGGGAAUAAAUUACCUUUCGACGAUAUUCAUACAGAAUUUUUUUUUAAACUUGAUGGUUCAUUUAUAUUGUAUUUAAAUAAUUAAAAACAGCAAUUUAAUUUAGAUAAUUACUCUCAAAAACAAUGUUUUAUUUUGUUGUCUUUCAUCGCAAUUGUAUUCUUAAAUAUUUGUUUUAAUACAAAUACUCUUAACUAGUUAUGCGGAAAUUAUCAUCAUUGGCCGAUUUAUAUUUUUCCAUAUUAGUUAAGAUUUUUUUUUUUAUUAGGCAUUAAUCCAUGUUUAGUCAAAAAAUAACUUAAAUAACCAAUUAUAUUUAUGUUUCCAUCAAUCACCAGGAAAGAAUGUUUUUUAUUGAAGCUUUUUAAAAAAUUUACAGUGUGAUAUUUGUCAAUUUUUGGUUAUCUAAAAACAGCUAGUACUUAUUGGUUAUAUAUUCAAAUUAAAAUUAUAGUUAAGGAAUAGAGAGGAUAUAUUUAGUACUGUGUAAAGUUUUACACAAAUAGUUAAGAAAAUUCAUUUUUGUUUAUUUUAUCUCUUUAAUCAUUAUUCAAAUUGUAAUAUGAUUGUCAUCAUAUCUAAAUAUGAUUUAAUAUUUGAAUCUCAAAUUCUACAAUAGUUCAUUGUAUUUUAAAAUUUGUAAAAAUGUUUAACAUUGCCCAAUAAACUAUCUAAGAGUGAUAUAAUUUAAUGCACAAUUCAAGAUAGUUCAAAAUUGAAAUGUGAACCAACACAAAUCUAUCGAUUUCAGAACCAAUGUGUGAAAAAAUGUUGGUUUUGGUAUUCUAUCAUUUUAUGAAAUAGUUUUUAGUUUAACUGAUGUUCUGUUGAUUUAGUGUUGUAUGAUGAACACAGAACAGUAACUAAAAGUGAAAUUGAGGCAGUCCUAGUUAUAUUUAAUGGAGCAAUAUCCUUUUAACCUUCUACAUGUUUCCAGGAUUUGUAAAGUAAAAAGUUUAGUAAAAUUUCAAAACUGGUUCCAUCAAGAAACAAAUUUGUAUAAUCAUUUUCUUGUUGUUGCCUGUUUACAGUGAUGAGGAAGAAUUAAUUUAACAUUGUAAUGUAUACACAUUUAAAAUGAGAUUUGUAGAUAUAUACUUGUGUAAAUUUGUUAUGUAUUAUAUUUCUGUAGAUCUGCAUUUAUUCUGUCAUCUUUUAUAGUUUCCUGUAGAGUUAUUAUCUUGGGUGGUGCAGGUUCUAAGCUACUCCAACUAUUUUGUAGUACAAACUACAAAAUAUUUUGUUGAAUACAUAUGGGUACUGGUAAGCUAUUCCUCCCCUGUUUAUCUGGACAGUUUGCUAUAUAGAUUCUAAAACAGUCAUGAAAUUGGAUAAAUUUACUUUUAUGGCUUUUUAUUAUACAUGAAUAAAAUCUACGAGACUGAGAGAGAAGUUCAGGGCAAAAAAGUUAAACGUUUAAAGACUUUGUCAAACUGCCUAGUUCUUUUUUUUUCAAAACAUAGUUUACAAUUCAUCUAAUAAGUUAUAAAAACAUAUCCAGAAAUGUAUUUAUAAUAUUAAUACUUGUAGAUUUUUAGUGUUUGUUCAGUUAUGUGACUUUAUUUUUUUGUUUAAAUUAUUCAAUGUCUUUCAUGAUUUACCCUAUUAAUUUUUUAUUAUUACCUAUAAAUAAUUUUUUGUCUUUGGUUUUUCAAUCUAUGUGUGCAGUUUUAUUUUCAGGAUUAUUAAAACUUUUUUUUGUACUUUAUAUUUUUGGCAUAAUUAAAAAAAAUUUAAACAAAAAUUGCAAUUUUUUUUUCAAAUUCAAACUAGAUUACUUAAGAGCACACCCCUAUUUGUAAUAACCACUGGUACACUCUUUAUUGUGAUUACAUUAUAUUUUAUAAUGAAAGUGUACAUAGAAAAAUGUUACUGUUGUAUCUUGUAUUUACAUUUACUAAAAAUAGUAGAAAUUAAUGUUACUCUGGUAAAAAGAUAAAAUUAAACUUGACUUCUGAUAACAUUGUUAUUUGAAUGUUAACCACCCUUAAUUAUAAAGUCCUACUAAGUUAAAAUGUACACAAUGUUACAUUUACAUCAGAAAAUACUUUCAUAUGACUGGCACAUUUUAAUUCUGACUUAGUAAGUUCAAACAUAACCUUGUAUAAAGGUGAAUAGAAAAAAAUAAGUUAAUUAUUACAGCUUGUACUAUUUUAUCAGAGAAUGAAGUUGUUUAUAAGUGUUACAUUGUUUUUAGACUUUUCUGGAGGAUAAUCUAAACCGUGACAAUUUAUGGAAUUUAGUGGUGUCUUUAAUUUUGUUAAUAUAAGGAAAAGUAUAUUUGUAAUUGUAACAUUCCAUUUUAUAAAGAAGUGAAAAGACAGACUGUUUAGAGAUGUUACUUGAAACAAAGGACACUUUUCUCCUUGAAAGAUGGAGUUUUGUCUCAAGCCAUUGUCAUCUUCAAAUUUUCUUCUUCCCUGUGUAAAUACUAACUAGACAGAUAUUCCAGAGUUGAUAGAUGAAAAACAAGAUUCAAAAUUAAUUUACAGAGGACUAAGUGGUGUGGUGCUAACAUUUCUUGGUGCCUUAUGCUCCACCUGCUUGAGUAGGUGCCUGACAUUUGUAAGAAGAAAUUAUAGUCAACUGGGCAUACACUCCCUCUGUGAAGUUUUCAAUUGUGCUCACACAGGAGCAAAGAAUAUGUAAAAAUAAAAUAUAGAAUGGAAAGUAUCGUUAUAAAAUGAAUAUUUCCAUGAAUUAUAUUUUUGUAUUACUGCUCACUUAAAUGCAAAUGAUUUUAAAAUAUCAACAGCCUGUUUACAUUUGUGAAGUUGGAUUUUAUAAUAUUAAAAGAAAUAAUUAAAUACUUAUAUUUCAAAAUAUCUACUAAUUUACCAUGAUUUGACUUCACAUGACAAUUUUUUUAUCAUGAACAUUAUGUCGAUAUAACAAUAAGACCUAAAAUAAUAUCCAGGUGUCAUUAUUAAUUUAUGUUGCACGAGGUCUAACUUCAAAGUUUAAAUCCAUAAGUUUUUAUAUUUAACUUUCUGAAUGACAAUUUUGUUUUUAAUUUUAAAAGUGUAUAUAAAUUUCUCUGUAUUACUGUAAGAUAUCCUAGGCCUAAAUUUAAAAUAAAUGUAAAUUGGUGUCGCAAUACUAUUGUGUGCUGUGAUGUGAUUAGUGUUACUUUUUUAAAAAGAUAUGUACAUUUGUUAUACAUCAACUGUAAAGUUUCAUAUAACUACCUAAUGUGUAAUACAGGUUUCAGAUGUCGUUUUAUAAUAAUUGCAGGUGUUUUUUUGGUAAUGUCAUUACUCAUUCCUAUGAAGUGCCAUUGAUUCAAAAAAUAUGUCAUGUAUAUAUUUAAAUAUAUAAAUAUAUAUUGUACUAUACACAAGUCUCUAAAGAAGUGAAAGUUUUGGAAUGCUUAAGUUUCUAAAUUUGUCAUCUAUAGGCCUUGAUAAUGUUAAUAAAAAGAUUAUCUCAUUCAA